AUUUUGCAAUUUUAUCAAACACUGCUUUUCCAUUUUGUUUUACCAUUGUUUUCCGUACUAUCAGUUGAUUGACAUUUUGAGUGAGUGGAUUUGGUGUAUUUUUCAUUGUUUUUAUACCAGAAAGUAAAAUCUUUGUAAGCUGAAAUGCUCAAAAGGCUCAAAAGCCAAGACAAAAAUUCGCGUUUUUAUGUUUGAAUUUCCCCUCAUGAGCUUUUCCGGAAAAGACUUUGUGGCUGUUUCCGCGAGAGGCGCUCACGUCGGUUACUUUGUUAUCUCCUCCGGAAAGGUGCUAAAAAUCAUUUAGUUUUGUGUUUUCAAGUGAAAUUGUUGGGAUUUAUCUGAGAAAGAAGGUCGUGUUUGUGCAAUCUGAUCAAAGUGGACCGUGUAAAUGUUGUCGAGAUGAAUAAUUUCUCAUCGCCCGAAGAUGAAAAUUCAUGUUGUGAAAGUGACAGUCAGCUGGUGAAGAAGGGAAAACGUCGAGGGCGACUUCGUGAGCCCUCCGGGAGCACUUCCAGCAGCUGCAUGGAGAAUGUGAGUGUUCCAAUGACCAGUGUUGAUAGUGGUCACAUUGAACAUGCCGUGGGAAAUACCCCAAUGGCGUCAUACAAUGAGGAACGAAUGCGGAGGAAGCUGCAGUUUUUCUUUAUGAAUCCCAUUGAGAAGUGGCAGGCCAGGAGACGUUUCCCGUACAAGUUUUUCGUGCAAGUGGUCAAGAUAAUCCUUGUGACCAUUCAACUGUGCCUCUUUGCACACUCCCGCUACAAUCACAUCAACUACACCUGGGACAAUCGUGUGACAUUCUCCCAUUUGUUCCUGAACGGAUGGGAUGAGUCCAGAGAAGUGGAAUCGUAUCCGCCGAGUGUUGGACCUCUGGCACUCUAUGUUCAGAGUGAUUUCUUCGAUACCAUCGACUAUGCUAUUGAGGGUUACCAGAAUCUGAGCAAAGCCAUUGGGCCAUAUUCCUAUCCCAAUGAAGACAAUAUCAUGGCUCCUAUGCAUCUCUGCCUCUAUAGCUACAAGGAAGGUACGAUUUUUGGAUUCAACGAGAGUUACAUCUUCAACUCAGAAAUUGACGUCCUCUGCCUCAAUCUGACGGGAAAUGUAACGGAGAUUGGGAGUGAAGCCUAUUUGGCCAGCAAAGAUAUCAUCGUGAGUUUCUCAGCCUUGGUUAAGGCUACGCUCGAGAUGUCAGUGAAGACAGUGAAUUUCAAAGCAGCAGGACCAAUUGCUCCACCUGAUUGCUAUCAAUUUAACAUCAUAAUCUUGUUCGAUAAUCGAGAUCACGAUGGACAAAUGCUCUUAUCCUUGGAUGCUGAACCCAUCCGCCUGAAUUGCAAAGGGAACAUUGAGUACACCACAGAGGCCAAUAUCGAUGAUACACUCAGGAGCAUCCUAAAUAUGUUGGUGAUUAUUAUCUGCCUGAUGUCAUUUGCUCUCUGCACGAGAGCCGUGUACAGGGCUCAAUUGCUGCGAGUAGCAACAGUUCAGUUUUUCAAGACACACUUUGGCACCGAAUUGAGUUGGGAGGGACGUCUUGAAUUCCUCAAUAUGUGGUACAUCAUGAUAAUCUGCAAUGAUAUCCUGUUGAUUAUUGGAUCGGCACUCAAGGAGCAAAUCCAACGAAGGCACUUUGUUGCUGAUGAAUGGAAUACGUGUUCGGUGCUGCUGGGAAUUGGGAAUUUGUUGGUGUGGUUUGGGGUUUUGAGGUAUUUGGGCUUUUUUAAGACCUACAAUGUCGUGAUACUGACCCUCAAGAGGGCUGCUCCGAAGAUCUCUAGAUUUCUCCUGUGUGCUCUGCUGAUUUAUGCUGGAUUCACAUUUUGUGGAUGGUUGAUCCUGGGACCAUAUCACAUUAAAUUUAGAUCUCUGGCCAUUACGUCUGAGUGCCUAUUUUCGCUGAUUAAUGGGGAUGAUAUGUUUGCGACAUUUACAACAAUGUCCGGAAAGUCCAAUAUGUUAUGGUGGUUUAGUCGUAUUUAUCUGUAUUCGUUUAUUAGUUUGUACAUUUACGUCGUUCUAUCGCUGUUUAUUUCGGUCAUAAUGGAUGCCUAUGAUACGAUUAAGAAGUACUACAAGGAGGGAUUCCCGGUGAGUGAUCUCAAGAUGUUUGUGGGAACAAUUAAUCCUGAAGAAUAUAUUGCUGCUAGUACAACUGAGAGUGACUCUGACGGAGAGUCUUUGAUUGAUUUGAUUUAUAGAUUUUUCAAGUGUCAAAGGCGCAAUAGUGCCUCAAAUGGCCCUACGGGAUACACAAGUCUACAUCCAAAACCCUAAAUUAAUUUCUUCUUUUUUUUUAAUACUUUGCAACAUUUAUUUUUCCUCAAAUUUCUUUAGUCUUCACAGUAUUUUUCUCCACUAAGUCUUACUCUAAUUUAUACUACUUCAUCAAUAAUUUCCAUAAUAAUUCAUCAUCAUUUGUGUUCAUACAUUUGUUUCCUAAUUUUUUUUGUACUGUGAUGUCCAAUCCUCUGAAAGCGCAACAUUAUUAUUAAGUUUUUUUGUCUUAGGUCAGAGGAAUUGGCUUAACAAAAGAUAACAAAAGGUUGAGGGUGAAAGAUACAAUAAGAAAAAAAGAUAUAAAUGAAAGAUACUGUUAAAUUAUAUUUUUUCCACGUGCGAUAUAUAUUUUGAUAUUAUCAUCUUGGGGGUGUAAAUUUCUUGUGUAAAUAUAUUAGGAAAAAAUAUAUUGAAUAUAUCAAUAAAUGUAUUUGUAGAGAUGUGUUUGACAAAUAAAAAAUGUAUAUAACAUAAAA